AGCUUCGUAGCUUUCUCGCCAUCCGAUCCUCACCUACAUCGCAGUCUCAACCAAUCGCCCACCAUGACACCAAUGUCAGCUCCCAUCAUGAUUGCCACGCCACCGCAGGCAUCAAGUUCAUCAAAACCACCGCCCCAGACGAGCCAGCCGGCCGUCGCUGGCCUGUUGCGCUACAAGUACGCCCAGAUGUUGGCAAAGGAGGCAGCAGCAGAGGCCAAAGCUUCCUCCUCAUCGCCGCCACCCGGCUGCCCCAUGCAUCAGCCCGGCGGCGGCGCCGCCGCUUCUUCCAUCGCCUCGUCAAGCAAGGAAGGCCUCAAUCCCGUCAACAACAUCCCCUUCAACCUCUCCCUUUCUUCAUCCAGCUCCUCCUCCUCCAGCAGCAGCAGCACCCGUCUCUCCUCAGAGCGUACCGUCUCCUCCAUCCCUCGAGGUCACACCUCUCCUUCCGCACCCGAUGCCUCACCCUACGACAAGCCCAACCCACCCUCCUCCUGCCCAGUCGCCCACGACGGCAAAGUAGGCCCUGCCCCGAGCAAGUGGGAAUACCCAUCCCCUUCGCAAUUCCAGGCCGCCCUUCUUCGAAAGAACAAGGCUGCUCCAGACGAGCAUGUGGAAACAAUGGUGGCGGUACAUAAUUUCCUGAAUGAAGAGGCAUGGAAACAGGUGCUGGAUUGGGAGAGGGACUUUAAUCUGGCUUCUUACUCGAGCGCCAAGCCGCUGGAGGCGGGCAAGGGGCCCGCGGAGACUGAGGAGUUGGAGAGAUGGUUGGUUCGUUUCCAGGGAAGACCGGGUACGCUCAGCCCGAGAGCUAGAUGGUACGGCCUGUUGGGCUCAGUCUGGCCAAGUAGGUAUGGUGGGGAAGCGCCCUUCGACAGGCACGACUGGGUUGUUGGGCGACCGGAUGGGACUGAGGCUCGAUACGUCAUCGACUACUACGGAGAUGAGGAGCAGGAUAGGCGGGAUGAGAUGCGCAAGAUGGCCAGGGAGGAAGCGAUCAAGAGAGGGAUCAAGAUUGAGGAGGAAGAAGAGGAUGAACAGGCUCACUUUAUUCUGGAUGUGAGGCCCGCGCUUGAUAGCUUUGACGCCGUCAAGGUGAGGGCAAGGAGAGCGUUCAAGGCGUGGUCGGCCGGGUCUUCUUCAUGAUGAACGGCAGUGCGACAAAGAGUCAGCGUACGUACACGGCAAGCUACUGUGCUCCGGAGCACUCUGUGUACAAUCCAGACUCGAUUGGCAAUCACUACUCAUGCUUACGCUGUCAGCGAAGCCGCACGCAUUCAUUCUUCGGGUAGCGCAUCGUUGAUGAGACGAACCUGGCUUACUUGCAUUGCGACGUUAUGCGAGCGAGGACUACAAUACAGAUGGAAGAUGCGACUAUAGGACUGGUGGCGAAGAGACGGACGCCGAGGAGCGAAAAGACUAAAAUGUGAAGACUGGCGAAGGAUGGAUGUGUAUAUUUGGCUACUGGCCAGCGGGUUGCGCUGGCCUGUCGAUUAGAGGGUCGUAAAAAUGGUCGGUAAGGGCUGAGAUCUGAGCCG